AUGGCCAUGCCUCCGGAAGUAGCAAAUGAUGCCCUGAAUGUCACACUCGCUGUUGUGCAAUCACUCAUGAAGCGCUUCAUCAAGGUGAAGGAGGGUGAUCCCGAGGCCUUAAGGCUGUCAGACAAGAUUGCCAGGCACAUGGCAAAAGACUUAAAACUAUACAGUGGGAAUGCUACAUCAUUCUCCCCACAGCUACUCUCAUUUGCCACCGUUGUGAGACAGCACUCAAAGGGUGGGGCCUUUGAAAACAUCCCUGACUGGACCUCCAUCACCAACAACGACCCUCAGAUAAAGAGCCAUCCACAAUUCAAGAAGACCAUGGACUAUCGCCCCCCUUCCACACUUAAAAUUUCUACCAUCGCAACAUCGACUGAUAUUCCCGCUACCAUCCCAAUACCACUGGCCCCCAUUGUCCCGCCAUCGACUCCCUUGACUCUGCCAUCUAUGCCAUUCCACACAGACCCAGAUUUCAUCACUAAGCCAGUAGUGGAACCAAAACGAUGGUUGCGGGAGCGCAAGAACCCGCCCGUUCCCAGGUACUCUACAGCAGGUCCACCUGCAAGAUUCCACCACCUGUAUAUGACCAAUGCUCAGAGGAAACAGGAGAAGGAAGUUUUGCAGGUCGGCAGCAGCAAGAAGAGGAAGGCAUCUAACAGCUUACUGCUCCAGGAAUUACUGCCUGUCACUACUGACAAGGACAUUCCGCCAGUCACAGACAAGGGUUUCUGGGAUGCAGAAACUUGGAAUGAGGCUCGGAUUCUGAUGUCGCUACUCCGUGGCAGGCUAACAAAUUUGAAGCAUUUCAUUCGUUACCACCCCCGGCAGUGCAACAAGUGUGCCAAGUUGGACAUAGCCUGCCUUGUCCUCCCUGACAAGAAAUUUGGGUACACACACCUUGCCUGCGCCAAUUGCAACAACAUGAAGAUCACGUGUGCAAUCAAUGGUGUUGGUGUCUGGCAGAGGUUGCAAGGGGUGGAGAAAAAGCCCAUGGAGGUCCUUCUGGGUUGGCCUCAAAUGCAGCCGGAACUUGGGCAAUCUGCACCCACCAACCUGCUAGAACCAGAGCCCACUGCAAGAGAAAUCUUACAGGGAAUCCAGGACCUUGGUAGGAGAUUGGAUCUCCUUGCCACCAAUGGGCAGGUCAGAGUGGGUUUAGUUGAGACCAACCUGCUUAAGCGGUUGGAUGAGUUAGAGCAACGGCUCAAUGAAUCUGAUGCCCAGUGGAAAUCUUUGGAAUCCCUAGGAUAG